UACAUUAAUAUAAUGAUGAAUCACAAUGUAAGCUUUUCGCACCUCCAUCAGCGCUCUCGCGCUUUCUUCGAAAACUUCGUUCGCUGCCGCCCUAUUGUCGAGCCUUCCAGGCGGACAGCGCUUUAUCAGUCGCAGAGCACUUCUAGGUCUCCUAACAUGAACGAGGGGAACAGUCUUUUGAAGCCCGAGGAAUCGUAUCCCUUCUUUACCAUUUCGAAUGAUGACCAGCUCGGGCAAAGUUUGGGCUUUUUCGGUGCACCGCAGAAACCCCCUCUGCCUCCAUGUAUCGAAGUGCCCCUUUAUGAGCCGGCAGAGGUACCCAUAAAAUCACAUACAGAGCCCAUUAUUGUCUGCGAUGGGCAUCAUAAGCUUACGUUUCUUAAGGGAAGAGUCAGUACGUCUGAUGUCUUUGGAGUUUCGAAUUCAGAUUUAGUACCAGGGAAGUACGAAGGAGGUUUAAAGUUGUGGGAAGGUUCAAUUGAUUUGAUAAAGGCUCUGAAUGCUGAGAUUGAAGAAGGGAGAUUAACUGUUAAAGGCAAAAGGGUAUUAGAGCUUGGAUGUGGUCAUGGCCUUCCUGGAAUCUUUACUGCACUUACGGGUGCUUCUACCAUCCAUUUUCAAGAUUUCAAUGCUGAAGUGCUCCGGUUUCUUACUAUUCCAAAUGUAAAAGCUAAUCUGACUGAAAAUUCACCAUACUGCCUACCUUCUGGAAAAAAUACAGAAGUCAAUAUGCCAUCUAAUGUUUGCUUUUUUGCUGGUGACUGGAGUGAGGUGCACCAUUCGCUGCUUCAUGGAAGCAAAGAUGGCUGCCAAAAUGAGGAUUACUCUAAUGGUGUAUCCAAUGAUGGUUAUGAUAUUAUUUUGAUGGCAGAAACUGUAUAUGCACCGUCUUCUCUCCAAAGCUUGUAUGAACUUAUUAAGAAGUGUCUGUGCCCCUCUAAGGGAAUUGUUUAUGUUGCCGGAAAGAAGCACUACUUUGGGGUUGGUGGAGGAACAAGGCAGUUUAUAAAUUUGGUUGCCGCAGAUGGUCAAAUGAAACCUUUAUUGCUUGCUGAGGUUGCUGAUGGUUCUUCAAAUGUUCGUGAAGUGUGGAAACUUUCAAACGAAUAGAACUCAAAACUGAAGAAUUCUUCUCAUGUUGUUUCUUACAUUUUUCUGUCACACUCCUCUUAGUCUAUGAUUUCUAAGCAUUUUCUAAUGUUCCGAAGAAAAAUUGAAUAGUUAAAA